GAGCAAAGGUAAUACAUCAUUAAAUUUCCAGUAAAUUAUAAAUCCAUUUUUUAAUAUUUUCUAAACAUUUUAAUAUUAACCGAAUCAUUCGGUGACAGGAUUGUCAAGAAUAUGUAAAAUUGGCGCCAUAUUUCAUAUUUCCAAGAUCGAUGUCAUGGAAAGUCAGGCUCUGUACGGAAAAAGAAAGAAGAAAAAGACAAAGUCACCGAAUCCGUUGUUUGAAAUGUGGCUCAAAGAAUGGAAAGAGGAUGCAGCAGAAAAGGGCAUAAAAACACAGUUUGUUUAUGCCAAGGCAUUAAAGUCGCUACAAAGAUAUCCACUUGUUUUAACAUCAGGGAAAGACUGCAAAAUCUUGGAAAAUUUUGGUGACAAAACUUGCAAAAUGCUGGAUGAUCGGCUUCAAAAACAUAUACAAGAACACGGCACAAUUGUUCCACCCACAACUGAAGAGGAUUCCCACACCAAACCAGCAGCCAAACAGAAACCAAAACAGAAGAACAAGGCAGCCUCUACAGCCACUGGGCCCGUCAAUCAGCAGAGAGUUGUCUCCCAUGGAGCAGUCAAUCAGCAGCGAGUUGUCUCCCAUGGAGCAGCACAUGCUCUGUCUGACUCGGAUAGUGAGGGGGAGGCGGAGGUCCCACAACCCCCAAGGAAAAGACAGAGGUCUGGACUAGCGAGUGGAGAGAGGGAGUAUAUUCCUGCCUACAGGUCCGGUCCUUAUGCUCUCCUUAUCACUCUGUACAGAGACAGACAGUCUGCAGAUGGAAGAGGAUUUAUGACAAAGACCGAACUCUGUAACAAAGCCCAGCCAUUGGCUGACAAAUCCUUCACACUGGCAGAUCCAGGUUGUCGGUACACUGCCUGGUCCUCUAUGGGGACUCUGAUCAAGAAAGGCCUAGUGGUGAAGGAAAGUAGUCCAGCCAAGUACAGCUUGACAGAGGUUGGGUGUCAGCUGGCACACCGGCUAGAGGCAAUUCAGGCUGACGACCUACCACUCAGACCAGCCUCCAGCCAGAGAUUACCAGUAAAUGUCCACGGACACAGGAAUCAAGACCAUGGAUCACUUCAAUACAAGUAUGUAACAAAUGAAGGAGAGGAAGUGAACAAGAAAGAUAAAGCAGCAGUGCUUAUUGAUGAUGAUUUUGGGCUGGGAUUUCUGAUUAAAGUUGACUACCAGCAAUUAUUGUCCAGUGGGAAACGUUACCGACUUGACACCACUAGACCACUGGGAGAUAACGUGUAUGUUUACCUACAUGAAGAGGAGACUGUAGAUUGUAUUGUUACUCAGGAAACACCUCGACUACCCUCACUGGAUGAUUUAGAGGAAACUCCAGCAAUUACUGCAGUCAAACCCACAAAGGAAGCAAAAAAGAGAGCAAAGCUUCCUAAGGAUGUGAUGUCAUCUCACUCAGUAGAGCCACAGCUUCUGUCAUUCCAGAAUUCCUCUCCGAAACCAGCUAGAAUUUCCUCUGUCAGAACUCUUAGUCAUGAAAGGGCAUCAGAGAGUGAGAAUUCUCAGGAGUCCACCAGUACUGACUGUGUACCCAAUUUUGUGUUCUUACCUGGGCAGUUUGAAAUCAUUCUUUGUGUCGACAAUGCUGAAUUCUAUGGAAGCAGACAAGGAGGGGGGAAGUCCUUACUGCCUGACCUCAUUAAGAAUGGUGUGACCUGUGACCUCAGAAAACUCCAUGUGGGGGACCUACUAUGGGUGGCAAGGGAGAAAACUCACCAGACAGAAGUUGGGAUGGAUCGGCCCAGGGGGAGAGAACUGGUGCUGGAUUACAUUGUAGAGAGGAAGAGGAUGGAUGACCUUGUACACAGCUGUACAGACGGCCGACUCCCAGAUCAGAAGUUCCGUCUGAAGCACUGCGGCCUUAAGAAGCCAAUCUUUAUGGUGGAGGAUUACGGGUCCCUGCAGCACUUCAGUAUCCCAGAGGACCGCAUCAGACAGACCAUAACCAAUCUCAAGGUCAUUGAUGGUUUUCAAGUAAAGAGAACAAAAAAUGUGAGGGAGUCUGUGGCCUAUCUAACAGUGAUGACACGCUACCUUCAGAGUUACUACAAGAAUAAGACCCUCCACGCCUGCAGUAUUGAUGACAUCAAAGAACAGGUGUGGAGUAACGACAUAAACGACCGAGAAAUGAGACUGAUGGAGUUCCAGGAGUUUAACCAGGGAUCCGUCAAGUCUAGGAAUCUGAGUGUUCAGGGCAUGUUCUGUAAACAACUGAGUAAAGUGAGUGGGAUGUCUGGAGAGAGGGCACAGGCUGUGACUCAGAUCUACCCCACAAUAAGUUACUUACUGGAGGCCUACAGAUCCUGUCCCAACAAAAUGGCUGCCGAGCGGCUACUUUCCACAGUUAAAGUUAACAAGUCUUUUAGGAAUCCAGUGAUGAAUCCGAGCAGACUUAUCCAUCAGCUGUACUCCACAGAGGGACCAUUAAAAUGACAGACUGUCGGACAUCAUCUCAACUUGCAACAUAAUCAGUGCUCUAUGUGAUUGUGUAUCAUACUUUUCCCUAAUUUUUCACAUAUUAGAAUCCUUUGAACUUUGAAGAUUGAUAGACACAUCUCAGUGCUAUCUCAAAAACAGAUGUUACCUACGACAGUGUUUAAGAAUCACAACUGUAUAACACAUCCAUGAUAUAAUGAGCGUGUCCUAUGCAGUCCGAGUAUGCAACGAAUUAUCUCGAGAUACAUGUAUAAGAAGUGUCAAACAUUUACUCUAUGCACGAAGCCGAUGGACUUUUGAUCUUCAAUACUGUUCAAUAUCUCUAUAUGUUUCAUUGUAAAUACAUUUACACUAAAAUAAUUAUGUACUUUAUUUUUUUGGUUGAAAAAUCAUACACAGUUGUAGGAGGAAUAUACAGAUACAUGUUUCCUCCAUAUUCUGUCCAUUUCACAGUGUAUAGCCAAGAAAAUGUUUCAAUUGGUGCAAAUGCAAAUACAGUGUAUUUCUUUAUA